AUGGAUAGGGACCAGUGUAUGUACUCACCGUUGGGAAUCAUGUUUGUAACUAUGGGGGAAAACCAUGAGCAAGUCUCGUUUGCAUAUCCAUUUCCUGGAUCACAUUCGUUAUCGCCGUGUCAGAAACGAACUUCAUUUGAGUCAUCUGCAGGUUGUAUCAGUGAGCGAACUAAAAAUGAUGUUGAGCAAUACGGUAUUCCAACAAAAAUUCUUGCUCACUUACUUUCUGCUAGAGGAAUCGGUGAAAAACCAUUUGAGAUCAAGAUUGAUAAUAUCCGAUUUGCUGGAUAUCCUAAAACUGUAACAAAUCCUACCGCGCGUUCUCCACAAACAUUUCAUGUUGUUUUUGUUCUGAUUGCUAACGCAUCAGCUCACCUUGUUGCUUCGUUUCAAAAUCUGAGUCGGAAAAUUGCUAUUGCGAUUGAUGAGGAGCAAACACGCUGUGGUUAUUUAGCCGAACAGAUGACAAGAAUGUUGAUUGAGCAUGAAAAGAAUGAAUCUCUACCAGAAGAGGAAUCACUUCCUUAUCAUCAAGUUCUGGCGCAUUGCUCACUGGCAAAAGAUCUCCGAAAUAUAUUUAAUGAUGUUACGGAGUACGGCGUAGUCCACGUUUUUCUAAACGACUGGCUUGAAGUGGGUUUUUGCGUCGAACCGCGUGCAUUGUUACAUGCAGGACUUACUCCGAAAACCAAAAUGGAAGUUGAAGAAACGAUUCGACGACUGCGGCCUUAUCACGGAAUUUUAUUGUUAGAAGAUGCGUUGCCAGGACAUGAUUCUAACCCAGCGUUAAAUCUUUUCUUGAAGUACUGUCAUCCUGAUCAAAGUCUAGUUGGUAUCAGUGAUUCAUCAGGCCUUACUUUGUUUCAAGUUCUUUCUAUUGUUAGACAUUUGCUGCUGUGGAUACGUGCCAUUAUCAUAUAUCCAUUGUGCAGUACAAAUAUUUAUACCUCUGCUACAUCUCCGAAACCGUUAAUGAAGCUAACAGAACAGUUUGGCGAAACUUUUGAGAAUGCUUAUUUGCCCACCAUCUUAGCACAGUUCUCACCACCUUCUACAUUAGGAGAAUUUAUUAAUCCUGCAGUUUAUAGCUACAGUGAACAGCAACGUCGAAUACGAAUGGUUGUACGGCUGCUGCGGGAUGAACUUGUCAUGCAACUUCACACAUUCCUAUACUUAAUGCCACCAUCAUCACAUGGAACAGUAAAUGUCCACGAUCGUUUAUCUCUUUCUAAUUCAAGGCAUGCAUCUUCUCAAAAUACACUACAAGAGGAAAGCUUGAAUCAGCUACUGUCAAUUUCAACUCUAAAACCUGAGAUAAAAAUCCCUGUCAUCGAUGUGUGCAGAACAAUGUUAGCAAGACAGUCGCUGCGCUCUGUCAAAGACAUGCUCACCUUAUUUUUGAAACUGGUGCCUUACUUGUGUGGAGAACAUCAUAUCGAGGACAUAAUGUAUAGAAUGAACUUGGAGCGAUCAUCUAUAAUGCAUGUUCUAGAUACUUUUAGUAAUGUAAUUGUACCAUUUAGUAGACCUGAGUACUUAUAA